CUCAAUUCUAAUCAGCACGAGUGAACAACAAACAAAAAUAAAUAAAUUGAAUGGUCUUAAACUAUUCAAAAAUAUAUAGCAGUAAUUUAAACAAGAAAAUGCUGCUAAAAUUCUUGUGAUCAGCAGAAACAAGGUCACCAUUUUUUUUUUGUUUUAACUUUCUUUCAACUGACGUUGAUGUGUUAAAGAAAAAACCUUGUUCAACUAAUUGGAGCUUUCUUUCUAUUGCUAUUCGCAGAAACUCAGAAAGACAAGGUUUUUGGUUGUUGUUGAUGAUGAAUGAGUGCAUUAUACAUCUGUUUGUGUAAGCCAAAGUCGGUUAACUUUCUUAUUAUGCGAUUUUUAUAAUCGUUGAUAUUGUUUGAAAUUAGUGGAUAGACUCUAGUGGGUAUCUACUAGGCUGAGGUGAGAAGUUAACAUAAAAGGAAAGACAAAAACUUGGGAAUUGUUUUAGGCUACCUGAGGUGUCUGUUGUUUCAGCAUGUCUGUUGCUUUGUUGUGGGUUGUUUCUCCGAAUUCUGAGGUCUUAAAUGGGACAGGAUUCUUGGAUUCAGUCCGAGAAGGGAACAGGUUCCCAUCUCGGAAUAGGAAUUCGAUGUGGAAAGGGAGAUUCAAGAAAGGUGGGAGACAGGAGUGGAAUUUUGGGUUUUUAAAUGCAGAUUUGAGAUAUUCGUGUUUAGGAAGAUCAAGAACUGAGAAUGGAAAGAGUUUUUCUGUACAGUCCAGUUUGGUGGCUAGUCCAGCUGGAGAAAUGGCUGUGUCAUCAGAGAAAAAGGUGUAUGAGGUGGUAUUGAAGCAGGCAGCUUUAGUGAAGAGGCAUCUGAUAUCUACUGAGGACAGAGAAGUGAAACCGGAUGUUGUUGUUCCGGGUAAUUUGGGCUUGUUGAGUGAAGCAUAUGAUCGUUGUGGCGAAGUAUGUGCAGAGUAUGCAAAGACAUUUUACUUAGGAACCAUGCUAAUGACUCCAGACAGAAGAAGAGCUAUCUGGGCAAUAUAUGUGUGGUGCAGGAGAACUGAUGAGCUUGUUGAUGGCCCUAAUGCAUCACACAUAACUCCACAAGCUUUAGAUAGGUGGGAGGCCAGGCUGGAAGAUAUUUUCAACGGGCGGCCAUUUGAUAUGCUUGAUGCAGCUUUAUCCGAUACUGUUUCCAGAUUUCCUGUUGAUAUUCAGCCAUUCAGAGAUAUGGUUGAAGGAAUGCGUAUGGACUUGUGGAAAUCCAGAUACAACAACUUUGAUGAACUAUAUCUAUAUUGUUACUAUGUCGCUGGUACAGUAGGAUUGAUGAGUGUUCCAAUUAUGGGCAUUGCACCUGAAUCAAAGGCAACGACAGAGAGUGUAUAUAACGCAGCUUUGGCUUUAGGGAUCGCAAAUCAACUAACCAAUAUACUCAGAGAUGUAGGAGAAGAUGCAAGAAGAGGAAGAGUAUACUUACCUCAAGAUGAAUUAGCACAGGCAGGGCUCUCCGAUGAAGACAUUUUUGCUGGAAGAGUGACUGAUAAGUGGAGGAUCUUUAUGAAGAAGCAAAUUCAGAGGGCAAGGAAAUUCUUUGAUGAGGCAGAAAAAGGUGUCACAGAACUGAGCUCUGCUAGUAGAUGGCCGGUGUUGGCGUCGUUGCUGUUAUAUCGCAAGAUACUGGACGAGAUUGAAGCGAAUGACUACAACAACUUCACAAGGAGGGCUUAUGUGAGCAAGCCAAAGAAGCUUCUGACGUUGCCCAUUGCUUAUGCAAGAUCUCUAGUGCCCCCUAAGUCAACUUCUUCCCCACUAGCAAAGACAUGAAUGAAGUUUUUGAAAGACAAUUAGAGGCCUAUACGUACACUAAAGAAAAUCAGCUACUUAAUUGUAAAUGAGCUAUCUUUUGCUA